AUGGUGCUGCACAAUAUGAGAGCCCGGCAGGUGGCGAUAACCAAACACUUGCAGGAUGUGGAGACCGAGGAAGAAAGCUGUGCUGUCUUCUCCUGCGAGCUGUCCCAUGAUGACGAGGAUGUGGAAUGGUUACUGAAUGACACCGUCCUCUACACCAACAGCUGUAAUGAGAUCAAGAAGAUCGGCAAGUGCCACAGUCUGACACUGAAGCAAGUCACGCCAGACGAUGCAGGAACGGUGACUGUCAAGACGGAGAAGGUGUCGGAAAGCGCUCAACUGAAGGUGAAAGAGAAGCCCAUCGUCUUCAUGAAGGCCUUGGAUGAUGUUGUUGGGGAGGAGCGUGGUGUGAUCACAAUGAAGUGCGAGGUCUCCAAACCAAAGGUCAAACCCAUCUGGAAGAAGGACGAUGUGGAGCUUACCCCUGGUGACAAGUAUGAGCAGAUGCAAGCUGGGAAAACACUGUGUCUCAUUGUUCACGAUCUGAACAAGAAUGAUGCUGGUUUAUACACAUGUGAUAUUGGCACUGACCUUACCAAGUCACGAGUCAGUAUUCAGGAGCUGAACAUUGGUAUCACCAAACGUCUGAAGAGCACUGAAGUUCAAGAAGGGGAGAAUUGUACUUUUGAGUGUAUUUUGUCCCAUGAAAGCAUUGGCGAUUUCCACUGGCUGCUGAAGGGGAAUGAAGUUCACAGUGGUGGACGAUUUAAAAUCUUUAACAAAGGGCGGAAAUACACCCUUGACAUCAGAAAUGUGGUUGCUGCUGAUGCUGGGGAAGUAGUCUUCACUGCUCGCAACUUGAACUCCAAGGCCUCGCUGGUUGUGAAAGAAAAAUCAGCAGAGAUUAUAAAGCAGCUGGAGGAUAAGACAGCAGCAGCAGGACAAGACAUCAGCCUGAGCUGUGAAAUGUCCAAACCUGACACAAAUGUGAAAUGGUACAAGGAUGGCAAAGCAAUCCGGAAAAGCCAAAAAUAUGACUUGCGCCAAGAAGGAACAUGGGCCAUACUAAUCAUUCAUGAUGCCAUGACCAAGGACACUGGGGAAUACAUGUGUGAGACAGAGACAUCUAAAACUAAAGCAUCGGUCACAGUAGAAGAAAAACCCAAUCGCUUUGUGAAGGAGCUUUCAGAUCUGACAGCUGAUGAAAGAGGAGUGGCUGUUUUUAUGUGUCAGACUGAGAAAGCCGAACCCACAGUGAUCUGGCGGAAAGGGAUGGUUGAGCUCAAGGCAGGCAAGAAAUAUGAGAUCAUCCAGAAAGGGAACAUCCUCCAGCUCACUAUUAAUGCCUUAGAAAAAAGCGACAGUGACACCUACACAUGCGACAUUGGCGAGGCCCAGUCUCGAGCCAAGCUAAUCGUGCAAGGCCAGAAAAUACUAAUAACCGAAGAUCUGGAAGACAUUGAUGUGGUGGAAGGAGAAUCUGCCAUGUUCAAAUGCAGAAUCUCUCCGGUAGAAUAUAGCAAUGUGCAGUGGUUUUUGGAUAAAACCCCACUCCAUACCAAUGAACUUAAUGACAUCCAGUCUCAGCCUGGAGGCUAUCACUUGCUAACCUUGAAAAAACUGUCACUGAAGGAUUCGGGGGUCAUUACCUUUGAAGCUGGUGAUAAGAAAACAUCUGCCAGUUUGGUUGUUAAAGAGAAGCCUUGCAUCAUUACAAAGGAGCUUGUUGAUGCCGAAAUCAUUGAGGGAGAGGAUGCCUUUCUUCAUUGUGAAACCUCCAAAUCAGGCAGCCCGGUAAAGUGGUGCAAAGAUGGGAAGACCCUUAGAAACUCCUCUAAGUAUAAGAUCAGCCGGUCGGGAUUUGAAGCCACGCUUGUCAUUCAUGGGACAGACGAUAGAGACAGUGGCCUAUAUGAGUGUGAGGCUGGAACAGCUAAAAGUAGUGCAGUUGUCAGUGUCAAGGCUCUGCCAGUUCUUUUCAAACGAGAACUCCAGAAUGAGGAGGCUAAAGAAGGAAGUCAAGUCAAACUGACCUGUGAGCUUAGCAAACCUGACAUCCCAGUGAAAUGGACAAAGGGCGAUACAGUUCUACAACCCAGUGACAAAUAUGAGUUGAAGCAACACGGCACGGUUGCAGAGCUCAUUAUUCAAGAUGCCAAAUCAACAGAUGCUGGAGACUAUACCUGCAGCACUGGAGAACAAAAGACAACUGCUCGGGUGAAAGUAAAUGCUCUGCCAGUCCUUUUUAAACAAAACCUGCAGAACACAGAAAUGGAAGAGGGGAGCACUGUAGUUUUGCGCUGUGAGAUCACUAAACCCGAUGCCCGAGUGGUGUGGAAGAAGGGAGGAGCCAUACUCCAGGAGAGUGCCAAAUAUGAGCUGAAGCAGAAGGGUUGUGUGGCAGAGCUGCUCAUUCACAAUGCAGAGCCGGAGGAUGGUGGAAGAUACACCUGUGAUACUGGAGACCAGCAGACGACUGCUCAAGUCAAAAUCCAUGCCCUGCCUGUACUCAUCAAAGAAGAACUGAAGAACUUGGAAGCCACAGAAGGUGGAACAGCCGUACUGCGCUGUGAGCUGAGCAAAGCUGCUCCAGUGGAGUGGAAGAAGGGGCCCAAAGGGCUCAGGCCAAGUGGCAAAUACAGAAUGAGACAAGAAGGCACCAUUGCUGAGCUGGUCAUCCACGAUGUAGAUCUGAAGGAUGCUGGAGAUUACACAUGUGUAUUUGGAGAUCAAAAAACCACAGCAGCCUUAAGAGUGAAUGCCCUACCCGUACGUUUCAAAAAGGAACUGAAGAACGAGGAAGUCACUGAGAGUGGAACAGCCACACUGCACUGUGAACUGACCAAGGCUGUUGACUCAGUUGAGUGGAUGAAGGAUCAAAAGGUGCUGAAACCAAGUGGCAAAUACAGAAUGAGGCAGGAAGGCCGCUUUGCUGAGUUGAUUAUCCAAGACCUAGAUUUGGCAGAUGCAGGAGAUUACACUUGCUUGUGUGGUGACCAGAAGACAACAGCUGCUCUAACAGUGAAUGCCUUGCCUGCACUUUUCCAAGAAAAACUGAAUAACAAGGAAGUUUCAGAGGGUGGGACAGUCACUCUGCACUGUAAAUUGAGCAAACCCGCCCCAGUGGAGUGGAAGAAGGGACAAAAGGCUCUCAGACCAAGUGAAAAAUUCAAAAUAAGCCAGGAGGGUCCCUUUGCUGAACUGUUGAUCCAUGAUCUGGAUUUGACGGAUGCUGGAGAUUACACUUGUGUGUGUGGAGAACAUCAGACUACAGCUACCUUGACAGUGAACGUUCUGCCUACAUUUUUCACCAAAGAACUGAAGAAUCAAGAAGCUACAGAAGGUGAAAGUGCCAUUCUGCACUGCGAGCUAAACAAGGUUGCUCCUACCGUGGAGUGGAAGAAGGGACACAAGACCCUCAAACUGAGCGACAAGUAUAAAAUGAGACAGGAAGGUGGUGUUGUUGAAUUGAUAAUCCAAGACCUAGAAGUGACAGAUGCUGGAAAUUAUACCUGUAUAUGUGGAGACCAACAGACUAUGGCGUCUGUAACUGUAAAUGUCCUGCCUGCAUUUUUCAAAGAGGGAUUGAAGAAUAAGGAAGCCUCAGAAGGUGCAACAGCCACUCUGCACUGUGAGCUGAGCAAAGUCCCUGUCCUAGUGGAGUGGAAGAAGGGGCAAAAACCACUCAAACCCAGUGAAAAGUACAGAAUGCGACAGGAAGGUGCCAUUGCAGAGCUGUUGAUCCGUGACCUGGAUGUAGAAGAUACAGAUGAUUAUACCUGUGUGUGUGGAGACCAGAAGACCUCUGCUGUCUUGACAGUCCAUGCCCUGCCUGCGCUAUUCAAAAAAGAACUCAAAAAUGAGGAAGCCACAGAAAGUGGGACAGCUACUCUCCACUGUGAGUUGACCAAAGCUGCUCCAGUGGAGUGGAUGAAGGAUCAAAAGGUGCUCAAAGCUAGUGACAAAUAUAAAAUGAGACAGAAGGAUGCCAUUGCUGAGCUGACAAUCCAUGACUUGGAGGAACAGGAUGCUGGAGAUUAUACUUGUGUAUGUGGAGACCAGAAAACCACUGCAUCCUUGACAGUGCAUGUCCUUCCUCCACGUUUUAAAAAAGAACUGAAGAAUUUGGAAGCCAGAGAAGGUGAAGCAGCCAUUCUGCACUGUGAGCUGACCAAGGUUACUGCCACCGUGGAAUGGAAGAAGGGGUCCAAAGUGCUCAAACCAAGCAACAAAUUUAGAAUGAGACAGGAAGGCACCAUUGCUGAGUUAGUGAUCCAUGAUUUAGAUGUGACAGAUGCUGGAGAUUAUACAUGCAUGUAUGGAGACCAAAAAACCACAGCUGCCUUAACAGUGAAUGCUCUGCCUGCACGUUUCAAGGAAGAAAUGACAAAUGAGGAAGCCACGGAAGGUGGGAGAGCCACUCUGCGCUGUCAGCUGACCAAGAUUGCUUCGGUGGAGUGGAAAAAGAAGCAUAAGGUGCUCGUACCAAGUGACAAAUAUACAAUGAGGCAGGAAGGUGCCAUUGCAGAACUAGUCAUCCAUGAUUUAGAAGUCAAGGACUCUGGCGAUUAUAUCUGUGUAUGUGGAGACCAGAAGACAACUGCAGCUUUGGUAGUGCACGCCCUACCGGUACUUUUCCAAGAAGAAUUAAGAAAUGAAGAAGCCACAGAAGGUGGUGCAGCCACUCUGCGCUGUGAGCUAAACAAGGCUGCCCCAGUGGAGUGGAAGAAGGGACACAAGGUGCUCAAGCCAAGUGACAAAUACAAAAUGAGGCAGAAGGAUACCACUGCAGAGCUGGAGAUCCACAAUCUAGAUGACAAUGAUGCUGGUGAUUAUACCUGUGUGUGUGGAGAUCAGCAGAGCACAGCUGUCUUAGCAGUACAUGCUCUGCCGGCACUCAUCAAAGAAGAACUGAAGAAUGAGGAAGUUAAAGAAGGUGGAACGGCCACUCUGCGCUGUGCGCUGACCAAAGCCACUCAAGUAGAGUGGAUGAAAGGGGACAGUUUGCUCAAAGCGAGUGACAAAUACAAAAUGAGACAGGAGGGCGCUGUUGUUAAACUGGUUAUCCAUGAUGUAGAACUGAAGGAUGCUGGAGAUUAUACCUGUGUAUGUGGAGACCAGAAGACAACUGCUGGCUUGAUAGUGCAUGCUCUGCCUGCACUUUUCAAAGAAGAACUGAAGAACCUGGAAGUCACAGAAGGCAAAACCGCCACUCUGCACUGUGAGCUGAACAAGCCUGCUUCAGUGGAGUGGAAGAAAGGGCACAAGAUACUCAAGGCGAGUGAAAAAUACAGCAUGAGGCAGGAUAGUGUCACUGCUGAGCUGGAGAUCCAUGAUCUAGGUCUGCAGGAUGCAGGAGAUUACACAUGCAUGUGUGGCGACCAGCAGACCACAGCUACGUUGAUAGUAAAUGCCCUGCCUGUAUUUUUCAAGCAAGAACUAGAGAAUGAGGAAGUUACAGAAGGUGGAUCAGUCACUCUGCGCUGUGAACUAAGCAAAGCUGCUCCUGUGGAGUGGAAAAUAGGGCACAAUGUGCUCAAAACAAGUGACAAAUAUAAAAUGAGGCAGCAGGGUGCCAUUGCAGAGUUGGUUAUCCAUGAUGUAGAACUGAAGGAUGCUAGAGAUUAUACCUGUGUGUCUGGGGAUCAGAAGACAACAGCUGCUUUAACAGUACAUGCUCUGCCCGCACAUUUCAAAGAAGAAUUGAGGAACAAGGAAGUGACAGAAGGUGAAGCUGCCACUCUGCGCUGUGAACUGACCAAAGCUGCUCAGGUGGAGUGGAAGAAAGGGCACAAGGUGCUCAAAGCAAGUGAGAAAUACAAAAUGAGACAAGAAGGUGCCAUGGCAGAGCUGGUGAUUCACAAUCUGGAGGUGAAGGAUACUGAUGAUUAUACCUGUGUGUGUGGAGACCAGCAGACCACAGCUACCUUAACAGUAAAUGCUCUGCCUCCAUCUUUCAAAGAAGAAAUGUGCAGUGAGGAAGCCACAGAAGGUGGAACAGCCACUCUGCACUGUGAGCUGACCAAGGUCGCUGCCCCAGUGGAGUGGAGGAAGGGGCACAAAGUGCUCAAACCGAAUGAGAAGUACACAAUGAGACAGGAAGGUUGCAUUGUGGAGCUGGUGGUCCAUGGUUUAGACCUGAAGGAUGCUGGAGAUUACACCUGUGUGUGUGGAGACCAGAAGACCACAGCUGCCUUAACAGUGCAUGCCCUGCCUCCACUAUUCAAAGAAGAACUGAAGAGCUUGGAAGCUACAGAAAAUGGAGCAGCGACUCUGCGCUGUGAGCUGACCAAGGCUGCUCCAGUGGAGUGGAAGAAAGGGCACAAAGUGCUCAAAGUUGGUGAGAAAUACAAAAUGAGACAAGAAGGUGCCAUUGCAGAGCUGGCUAUCUGCAAUCUGGAGGUGAAGGACAGUGGAGAUUAUAUCUGUGUGUGUGGAGACCAGCAGACCACAGCUACCUUAACAGUAAAUGCCUUGCCAGCACUUUUUAAAGAAGAACUAAAGAGUGAGGAAGCUAAAGAAGGUGGAAAUGCCACUCUGCACUGUGAGCUGACCAAGGCUGUUCCAGUGGAGUGGAAGAAAGGGCAUGAGGUACUCAAACCAAGUGAGAAAUACAAAAUGAGACUGGAAGGUGCCAUUGCAGAGCUGGUUAUCCAUGAUCUAGAUGAGAAGGAUACAGGAGAUUAUACUUGUGUGUGUGGAGAACAACAGACCACGGCUGCUUUAACAGUACAUGCUCUGCCUCCAUCUUUCAAAGAAGAAAUGUGCAGUGAGGAAGCCACAGAAGGUGGAACAGCCACUCUGCACUGUGAGCUGACCAAGGUCGCUGCCCCAGUGGAGUGGAGGAAGGGGCACAAAAUUCUCAAACCGAAUGAGAAGUACACAAUGAGACAGGAAGGUUGCAUUGUGGAGCUGAUGGUCCAUGGUUUAGACCUGAAGGAUGCUGGAGAUUACACCUGUGUGUGUGGAGACCAGAAGACCACAGCUGCCUUAACAGUGCAUGCCCUACCAGCACUUUUUAAACAUGAGCUUCAGGAUGAGGAGGCAGAAGAAGGUGGCACAGUCACACUGCGGUGUGAGCUUACCAAAGCCAGUGCUCCAGUAGAGUGGAGGAAAGGCUCUACAACUCUCUACCCCGGACUGAAAUAUGAGCUGAAGCGACAAGGGCCCAUUGCUGAGCUGAUCAUUCAUGACUUAAAACUGAAAGAUACAGGAAAAUAUACCUGUGACUCUGGGGAUCAACAGACAACAGCUGCAGUGACCAUACAUGCCCUGCCCAUUGUAUUUAAGCAGCCCCUUCAGAAUCAGGAGGCUGAAGAAGGAGGUACAGCCACAUUACAUUGUGAGCUGUCAAAACCAAACGUUCCAGUGGAAUGGAGGAGAGGAGGCCUGGGGCUGCAGCCUAGCAAUAAGUACGAAAUGAAACAGAGGAAAUGCAUUGUAGAGCUCUUAGUACAUAAUCUCCAAGUAGAAGAUACAGGAGAAUACAGUUGUUGUAUUGGGGAACAGGAAACAAAGGCUUCUUUAUAUGUGAAAGCCCUCCCAGUUGUUUUCAGAAGGGAGCUCAAGGACAAGGAAGUGGAAGAAGGAACUCCAGUAAAACUGCAGUGUGAGCUGACAAAGCCUACAGCUUCUGUGCAAUGGAGGAAAGGCACCAUGGACCUCUUUCCAUGUGCUAAAUACGAAAUGAAAUUAGAGGGUCUCAUAGCUGAACUCGUGAUCCAUAACACAGAACCAGAAGACACAUCUGAUUACACCUGUGAUACUGGAGAUCAACAGAGCACAGCCAACCUCAGAGUGAAUGCUAUUAAACCUCUGUUCAAGCAACAGCUAAAGGAUGAGGAAAUGGAAGAGGGAGGAAUGGUCAAGUUAUGCUGUGAGGUCACAAUAGCUAACGCUAUAGUAGAGUGGAGGAAAGAUGGCAAGGUGCUUCAGUCAAGUUCCAAGUAUGGAAUCAGACAAGAUGGUACCAUUCAUGAGUUAUGUAUUCAACACCUGGAGCCUAAAGACACUGGCAAAUAUUCCUGCAUUGCUGGAGAUGAGACGACCUCUGCAGUGCUGACUGUGAAAGAACCUGAUGUGACCAUAGUCAGUGGCCUGAAGAACGUGGUGGUGUAUGAAGAGGAAGAUGCUAUGUUUCAGUGCCAGGUUUCUCAUGAUAAUGCAAGGGAUGUGGAGUGGAAGCUACAGGACGUCGCUCUGCAAAGCAAUGAAAUGAAUGAGAUCUCUGUUGAAAAAGGCAAGAUUCACACACUUAGACUGAGGAAAGUCACCCAGCAGGAUACUGGCACUAUCACUUUCAGAGUGGGGCCCUAUGUGUCCACAGCAGAGCUUACAGUAAAAGUACCGCUUCCAGUCUUUAAGGAGACUCUAAAGAACAUAGAAUUGGAGGAGGAUGCUACAGCUGCCCUGGAGUGCGAGGUCUCUCAGCCCAAUGUAUCAGUAGAGUGGAGGAAGGGCUCCCAGGUGAUUUCUCCAAGCUCCAAAUAUGAAAUCAGGCAAGAGGGAACAAUCCAUACAUUAAAGAUUUAUAAUUUAAAGCCAGAAGAUUCGGGCAAAUAUACUUGUGAUAACAAAAAUCAGCAAACUGCAGCCACUUUAACUGUCAAAGCCAUUCCAGCACUUUUUGAACAAAAACUCCAGAACCAAGAAGCUGAGGAGGGCUCUACUGUCACCCUACACGCUGAACUCUCCAAACCCAAUGCCCCAGUGAAAUGGAGAAAGGGUUCAGUCCUGCUCCAAGCUAGUGCCAAGUAUGAGAUGAGACAGAAGGGAUCUACUGUGGAACUCCUAAUUCAUAACUUGCAGCUGAAAGACUUUGGAGACUACACUUGUGAUUCUGGUGAUGAGCAGACUACAGCAUCCUUGUUGGUAAAAGCUUUGCCAGUGCUUUUUAUACAACCACUCCAGAGCCAGCAAGCAGAAGAAGGUGGCACCAUCACUCUGAACUGUGAGCUUUCUAAACCCAAUGCCCCUGUGCAAUGGAAGAAAGCGGGGAAAGUUCUGCAACCAAGUGACAAGUACGAAAUGAAUCAAGCUGGCCCUGUGACUGAGCUGACCAUCCAUAACCUGAAUGAAGCUGAUGCUGGGGAAUACACCUGUGAUACAGGAGACCAAAAAACCACAGCAACUGUAUAUGUAAAAGAACCAGCAGCAAGCAUAGUAGAGGUGCUAAAGGAUGUCACCUUAAAUGAAGGAGAAGAUGCUGUGUUCAAGUGCAAGGUGUCUCGGGAGAAAGCUCGGGACGUGCACUGGUUCCUGGGUGGCGUACCGCUCCAGCCGAAUGAAAUGAAUGAGAUAACUGUUCAAGGGAAGCUUCACACUUUGACCCUGAGGAGGGUGACCCUAGAAGACUCUGGUUCUGUCAGUAUCAGAGUGGGGCAACAUAUCUCAGAGGCGCAGUUAACAGUCCAAGUUGCUGCAGCCAUAUUUGUAAAGUUGCUUGAGAAUCAGGAACUGCAAGAGAGUGACACUGCAAAACUACAGUGUGAGCUAUCCAAGCCUAACAUCCCAGUGGAAUGGAAGAAAGCUUCGUCUGUGAUCAAGUCCAGUGCAAAGUUUGAAAUCAAGAAGGAAGGGAAUGUACAUACUCUGAUCAUCCAUGAUUUAAAACCUGAGGACUCAGGGGAGUAUAGCUGUAAUACUGUUGACAGGAAGACCACUGCCAGACUAGAUGUUAAAGCCCUACCUGUGCUUUUCAAACGUUGGCUCCAAAAUGAGGAAGUUGAGGAAGGGUGUACAGCCGCACUGCUCUGCGAACUGACAAAACCGAAUGCUCCAGUUGAAUGGAGGAAAGGAGAUGUGGUGCUGCAGUCAAGUGACAAGUAUGAGCUCAGGCAAGAGGAGACUUUUGUUGAGCUGUUUAUUUACGACGUGGAACUUCAGGAUGCUGGGGAGUACACAUGCGAUUCAGGAGAUCAACAAACCACUGCAGCACUGCUAGUAAAAGUACUACCUGUGCUUUUUAAAGAAGAGCUGCAUAACGUAGAGGCAGAAGAACGAGGAACAGCUGUCCUGCAGUGUGAGAUCUCCAAACCUGAUGCCCCGGUGGAGUGGAGGAAAGGAGCGCUGGUACUUCAGCCCAGUGACAAGUAUGAGAUGCGUCAGAAUGGUGCCAUUGUGGAGUUAAUUAUUCAUGACUUGGAGGUUGAGGACUGCGGACCCUACACCUGUAGCACUGGGUAUGAGAUGACCACAGGUUCUGUGUACGUGCAAGAAGAGAAAGCAGAGAUAGUUUGUGGUUUAAAGAACACGGAUGUCUUUGUGGGUGAGUCAGCCACCUUCACCUGCGAGCUCUCACGCCCGGGGGUGCAGAACAUACAAUGGUGGCUGGAUGGAUCUCCUCUUCAGAACAGCGCUGUCAGUGAAAUCGCUGUGCGAGAUGGAAAAAUCCACACUUUGACCCUAAAGAACCUGGGGUCUGAUGAUUCGGGGAUUGUGACUUUCAGAGCUGGGUCCCUCAUAUCUUCAGCUAAAUUAUUAAUCAAAGAUCCAACUAUUGAGGUGGUCAGUCCCAUGCAGGACAUUACCAUUGAUGAAGAUGGCACAGCAGAGUUCAUAUGCCAGUACUCUAGACCAGUGCAAGCCACAUGGAAGAAAAAUGAUCAGGAAGUUUCCGCAGAUGGGCAACGAGUCAUUAUCGAGCAGGACUGGAAUGUAGCCAAGCUAAAAAUUAAACCUGCCCUUCCAGAAGACAGUGGCAUCUAUUCUUGUGAGGCUGGAAGCACCAAAGUUGUGGCUAUGCUUGAUGUUCAAGCUAAAAACAGUAUUGUCAAAGGUUUGGAGAAUGUGGAAGCCGUGGAAGGUGGCGAAGCUCUGUUUGAGUGCUACCUUUCCAAACCGGAGUGCUACAAUUACAACUGGCUGAUUGAUGAUGAGCCUGCCAAAACCACAGAAAACAUUGAGAUGGUUUACUUUGAAAAUGGACGCAGGCAUCUUCUCCUGUUGAAGAACCUCACUUCCCAGGACAACUGCAGGGUGACUUUCCUGACUAGUGAUGCUGUGACAUCUGCGUUCCUGACUGUGAAAGGAUGGCGCCUGGAAAUUUUGCAGCCUUUGGUUGACACUGAAGUCACUGCUGGGGACCAAGCUACCCUUAGCUGUGUUUUAAGUGAAGCAGUGCCAGUCAGUGAAGUCGCCUGGUAUAUUAAUGACAUGGAAAUCCAACCAGACGAGAACUGGGAAAUAGAGGCAGAUGGAGACAGCUACAAACUGAUCCUGAAGAAAGCCCAACCACAUCAUGCUGGAGAGGUGACUUUUGCUGCAAGGGAUGCAAUUACAUCAGCCACAUUAUCUGUAAUAGAGCCUCCAUUUACAGUCACUCGUCCCUUAGUAAGCAAGUUGGUCUUGGAAGGGGAGAUGGCUGUCCUGGAGUGUGAAUUUUCAAGAGAGACCCAAGAGGCAAUCUGGGUCAAAGGAAAAGAACAACUACAGCCUGGAGAAAGAUACGAAAUCAAGUCUGAUGGCAAGAAGCAGAUGCUCAUUAUUCGUGCAUUUAAACCUGAAGAUCAAGGAUUGUACACCUGCAUGAUCUCUCCCGAUAUCAGAUCCUCUGCCCGUCUGUCUAUUGAAGGUACAAAAAUUCCCACAGUGACACUGCCGAAAGAGGUAGCCCAGGAAGCACGUGACGUGAUUCAACUUGAAGAAAUGGUGGAUGGACAGCUCCAGCCCAGCUUGCCGCCUGAAGCUGCUCAGGAAGGGGAUCUUCACCUCCUCUGGGAGGCUAUUGCUAAGAAGCGAAGAAUGAGCAGGGAGCCAACCCUGGAUUCCAUCAGUGAAGUACCAGAAGAGGAUAAUAAACUUCAUAAGCUGAAGAAGGAAGAAGCGGAGUCUCAUUAUUACUCAGAAGAAUACUCCACUUGUGAUGAGCUGGCUAAAACUGGAGAAGCAGACUUCUCUUUCACGAGCUCAGAUGAUGAGUCUAGGGCUGGGACACCUUCACUAGUUAACUACCUUAAAAAGGCCGGAAAAUCUACUGUUAGCAUUGGUAGCAAGGUUCAGACGGUCUCCACCAGUAAAUUCUGGAAACACUGGGAGCAAUCGGGCAUCGAGACUACUGAGUCUGCUCUUCCUGCCAAGCCCGCUGAACCAGAAAUCAUGGAAGAUUUAGAUGAUCCUUCUAUGACCAAAGCAGCUGUGAAAAUUCAGGCUGCUUUCAAAGGGUAUAAAGUGAGGAAGGAGAUCAAACAGCAGGAAUGUCCCGUGUUUGGCAAUACCUUCAAAGAUUUUUGUGGUGAGCCAGGAGGCACUCUCCACCUUGAGUGUGUGGUUCUCAGCAAAACCGAUAUGAAGAUCCGUUGGCUGAAAGACGAUGAGGAACUUUCAGAUGGGCGCCACUAUCACAUAGACAAUUACAGUGAUGGAACUUGCUCCUUAAUUGUCACUGGCCUGGACAUGAAAGACACAGGAAAAUAUACCUGUGAGGCAUCUAAUAAGUUUGGCAAGGUUUCCCAGAGUGCUAAGGUGGUGGUUGGUACCCAGGCACCAGAUGCUCUUCGUAAGCACAAGCAAGUGAAAUGCCUCACUGACAGCGAAACAGAGAGCUCUUCUGGCAGCGAACUAGAUGAUGCGUUCCGUAAAGCAGGAAGGAGGCUUCACAAACUCUUCAAGUCCAAGAUCGCAACGGAAAUGUCUGAUGUGGAGGAGGAGCUCUUUGUCAGUGCAGAUGAAGGGGAUGUGGAGGUGGUAGAUCAGCAGACGUAUCGCGAGGAUGAUCAAUACAUCUACAUCAAAUUUGAAAUCUUGGCAGAAGCAAAAACAGCAGCCGGCCGAUUCAGAGAGAUGUUUGCUGCGUUGGGUAUCCCAGUCGAGAUUAACAUCCUGGACCAAGGCCUUAAAAAAAUAGAGCUUCGCAUAGGGAAAGCAGCACCACCUGCUCCAGAGCAGAUUCAGCCGUUAGUGAAAAGACCUCCACCACCUUUACUGACUUCCGAUACAGCUCCUAUGUUCAUAACCGAGCUUCAAAACCAAGAGGUGCAGGAUGGCUACCCAGUCAGCUUUGACUGUGUUGUUAUUGGCAAACCCUUUCCCACGGUGCGCUGGUUCAAGGAUGGGAAGGUUAUCGAAGAAGAUGACCAUUAUAUGAUCAAUGAGGACCAGGAAGGGUGCCACCAACUGAUCAUCACCGCCGUGGUCCCUACUGACAUGGGUGUCUACCGCUGCCUUGCUGAAAACAACAUGGGAGUUUCUUCAAGCAAGGCGGAGCUGCGGGUGGACUUGACCAGUACUGAUUAUGAUACAGCAGCAGACGCAACAGAGACAUCUUCGUAUUACAGUGCCAAAGGAUAUCUCUCAAGCCGAGAACAAGAAGGAGUAGAAUCCACCACUGAAGAGGAGCAGCUGCCUCAGAUCCUAGAUGAGCUUCAUGAUAUUCACGUGGCCUCUGGAGCACCUUUGGCUAGAUUCCACCUGACGGUCAAAGGGUACCCAGAACCUCGUCUUUACUGGUUCAAAGACGGACAACCAUUACAAGCCUCAGACCGAAUCCUGAAGAUUGAGAAUAAGCAGUUUCAUGCGCUCGAAAUCCUCAAUGUCAUUAAGGAGGAUGCUGGUCAAUACUCAGUAUUUAUUAGCAACUCUGCAGGUUCUGCAUAUUCAUCAGCCAGUUUGGUUGUCAAAGGUCCUGGUGAGAAGGAAGAACUGCCAGAAACAGAUGCUCAAGAACAGCUGGUGCCACCCAGGUUCCUAGAGAGAUUUACCAAUAAAAGAGUGAGGAAAGGUGCAAGUAUCACCUUCUCUGUGAAGGUUGAAGGACAUCCAGCACCCACAAUUACCUGGUUGAAAGAAGAAUCUCAUGAAGAUGUUCUGUGGAUCAAACCAGAGACUGCUGGUUACAAACUCGCCAGUUCCAACAUGCAUCAUAGUCUAAUCCUGCUGGAUGUUGGAAAGGAAUAUAGUGGAACCUACACUUGCAUUGCUACUAACAAGGCUGGACAAUCCAUCUGCACCGCUUCUCUAGAAGUUCUGGAUGUGAAAGAGGCGGAAGUUCUGACCCAUGAGCGCAUGAUGGUGACAGAUGUUAUAAUGACUACGCUGGGGUAUGAAGACAAGGACAGAAAAGAACAUGGAGUUGGUAUCUCUGUCCACCCUCCUGAACCAAGGAAAGGAGAGCUUGUAGAAGGUCAGGCUGAUAAAGAAGGUGUGUCCAGAAGUCACAUUUCAUUAGCUGAUGUUGGAACAGAAGAAUUCCUCCAGAAACUCACCUCUCAUAUCACAGAAAUGGUGUCUGCAAAAAUAAGUCAGGCCACGCUUCGAGUGCCUGGAGCAGACAGUGAUGACGAAUCUAAGACACCAUCCCCAUCUCCACGCCAUGGCAGAUCUCGGCCUUCAUCAGUUGUUCAGGAAUCUUCCUCUGAAUCUGAGGAUGGGGAUUCUAGAGGGGAGAUUUUUGACAUCUACAUGGUCACGGCUGACUAUGUGCCCGUUGGAGCUGACAGGGAAGUCAUCACUCUGAAAGAAGGGCAGUAUGUGGAAGUCCUUGACUCUGCUCAUCCUCUAAAGUGGCUAGUCAGGACCAAACCCACUAAAUCUAGCCCCUCUCGGCAGGGUUGGGUGUCUCCGGCUUAUCUGGACAAGAAAUUAAAGUUGUCACCAGAAUGGGGCGCAUCAGAAGCUCCCGAGUUCCCUGGAGACUCUGUUUCAGAAGACGAAUAUAAAAAGAAGCUGAGCCUCAUCAUUCAGGAACUGCUGAACUCUGAGGAGGAGUUUGUCAAAGAUCUACAGUUCCUCCAGACCCAUCAGCUCCAGUACAUAGAGAGCUGUCCGGAUGUUCCAGAAACUGUUGCCAGUCAGAAAUCUACUAUCUUCAGAAAUGUCAGUGCUAUUGCGAGCUUCCAUUCCAAUUCCUUCUUUCCAGAGCUGCAGAAAUGUGACACUGAUGAUGACGUGGCUAUGUGCUUCAUUAAGAAUGAGGAGGACUUUGAUAAGUACAUCCAGUAUCUGGUGGGACGGAUACAGGCCGAGUCUGUCAUUCUCAGCAAAGCCAUUCAGGAGUUCUACAAGAGAUAUACAGAGGAAACAUUAGCCAGUGAGGAUCCUUCUCAGCCACCUAUACCUCCACUGCAGCACUAUUUAGAGAGACCCAUAAACAGGAUCCAGCAGUAUCAAAUUAUAAUCAAGGAAUUAAUCCGAAAUAAAGCAAGAAACAGCCAAAACUGUGCGCUGCUGGAGCAGGCUUAUGCCAUUGUGUCCGCGCUCACCCAGCGUGCAGAAAACAACCUCCAUAUCUCGCUCAUUGAGAACUACCCAGGGACCCUGGAAAUUCUAGGAGAACCCAUCCGACAGGGUCAUUUCAUAGUGUGGGAAGGAGCUCCGGGAGCCAGAAUUGCAUGGAAAGGGCACAACCGACAUGUCUUCCUCUUUAAGAAUUAUAUCCUGAUCUGCAAACCCAAGCGAGACACCAAGACAGACACCUACAGCUACAUCUUUAAGAACAUGAUGAAGCUAUCCCACAUAGAUGUGAACGACCUGGUGGAAGGAGAUGACCGGGCCUUUGAGAUCUGGCAUGAGCGAGAAGACUCUGUCCGCAAGUACCUACUUCAAGCUCGUACGGUCAUCAUCAAGAACUCCUGGGUGAAGGAAAUCUGUGGUAUACAGCAACGUAUCAGCCUGCCUGUGUGGAUUCCUCCGUAUUUUGAGGAAGAACUGGCUGACUGUACAGCUGAGCUGGGUGAAACUGUCAAAUUGGCUUGCAAAGUAACAGGAGCUCCUAAGCCAGUAGUCGCUUGGUAUAAAGAUGGCAAACCAGUGGAGAUGGAUCCCCAUCACAUUAUAAUAGAAGAUCCUGAUGGUUCCUGCACAUUGAUCCUGGACACUCUGACGGGUAUUGACUCAGGACAGUACAUGUGCUUUGCCACCAGUCCAGCUGGUAAUGCCAGUACACUCGGAAAGAUCCUUGUUCAAGUGCCGCCGAGGUUUGUGAACAAGGUUAGAAGUGCUUAUUAUGUUGAAGACGAAGAUGCUCAGUUUACCUGCACCAUUGAAGGAGCACCUUAUCCUCAGAUCAGGUGGUAUAAAGAUGGUGCCCUGCUGACAGAUGUUAAUAAAUACCAGACUUUCAGUGAGCCACGGAGUGGCGUGUUAGUCUUGGUGAUCAAAAAUGCUUCUAAGGAGGACAUAGGACACUAUGAAUGUGAGCUGAUGAACAGAUUAGGCACAGCAAGGAGUGGAGCGGAUCUUUGCCAGCAGAGUGCAGCAUUACUGGCCCAGGAGAAGAGAGGAGACCAAGCCAUUACUAUAGAAGGAGAGGUCUCACCCCAGUCAGAGCUGGAGAAUUCUGUCCGGGCCUCACUUGAACGUGCAGAUAAGGAGAUAAGGAUGGCCCUGAAGAAACUCGUCGAUUCCACAUCACUGCACGUGACUCUUCCUCCAAGCAUGAGAGGAAAGGCUGGUGGCUUUGGAGUUCUUGAGUCCACAGCUUCAGAUACAGAAAAUAGACAUCCUGUGAUAGUUCAUGAAGUCAGCACGCAAACCCAAAGUGCUGGCAAAGAGCAAGACAGCACUGGGAAAAUUCUGGAUGAGAAACUGAGUGAAACAAAGUCAAGCCCAACCACUUCACAAAAAGAGACGACUGCUGGCGCUGCAGGAGGUCAGGAACGCACUAUUCCCAUUACCAGAACAUCAGCAGUCACGGAGGGAGCAGACUGGUGUAGAAGAGAAGGGGCAGACGUGGUCUGGGAUGUCCAGAGUCAAAUUUAUAUUGAGACCACAGAAAGAACCUGCGUUUAUAAAACAGAUGAGAAGAGUGCAGCAAGCCCGCCAUUUAUGCAAGUGACCAUUGAGGAUGUGCAGGUUCAGUCUGGGGAGUUUGCCAAAUUUCAUGCAGUUAUUGAAGGAAAUCCCCAGCCUACUAUCGCAUGGUAUAAGGAUAAUUCCUUGUUGACUGACAGCAACAGGAUCCAUCAAGUGAAAGAAGGCACAACAUACAGUUUGAUCCUGGACAAAGCUGCCCCAGAAGAUGGUGGCAUCUAUACCUGCAUUGCCAAAAAUGCAGGAGGGGAGGUCUUGUGCAAAGCAGAGCUUGUUGUACAUGAGGCCAAGAAAGACCAAGUGACCAAGAAACAGAGCACCCGAAGAAAACUCCAUUCCUUCUAUGAGGUGAAGCAGGAGAUAGGAAGGGGCUCUUUCAGCUUUGUGAAACGGGUUGUGCACAAAGGGAACAGAGUAUCCUGUGCUGCCAAGUUCAUACCUCUGCGAAGCAAAACGAGAACCCAGUCCUAUCAAGAGAGAGACAUCCUAGCCACGCUCUCCCAUGAUAAAAUUGCCCGGCUGCUGGAUGAAUUUGAAACAAGGAAAACCUUGGUUCUGAUUUUGGAGUUGUGCUCCGGUGAGGAGCUCUUGGACCGUUUAUUCAGGAAGAGUGUUGUUACUGAAGCAGAGGUCAAAUUAUACAUCAAGCAACUUUUGGAAGGACUCAGCUAUCUUCAUGACCAUAAUGUACUUCACUUGGAUAUUAAGCCUCCAAAUAUCCUGAUGGUUUAUCCUGAAAGAGAAGACAUUAAGAUCUGUGACUUCGGGUUCGCUCAAAAGAUAAAUCCAUCUGAGCCUCAGUACAGCAAAUACGGGUCUCCAGAGUUUGUCUCCCCAGAAAUUAUCUCUCAGUCACCAGUGUCAAAAGCAUCUGAUAUUUGGGCUGCUGGGGUCAUCAGCUAUUUAAGCUUAACCUGCAAGUCUCCAUUUGCUGGGGAAAAUGACAGAGCAACCCUUCUAAAUAUCCAGAAUGGGACAGUUUCAUGGACUAUCCCUGACUUUGUUCACCUAAGUGAAGAAGCGAAGGAUUUUAUCAGACAGAUCUUACAGCUUUCACCUGAAGCCAGGCCUAGUGCUUUGGAAUGUCUCUCACACGACUGGUUCUUGCUUAAUCUCCCGCUAGAAGCAGCUCAUUUUAUUAACACAAAACAGCUGAAGUUCAUUGUGGCUCGAAGCAAGUGGCAGCGUUCUCUCAUGUGCUAUAAAUCUAUACUGGUAAUGAGAUCCAUUCCAGAAAUCCUACAGAGAACUCACAAAAACACAUCGCUGGGCAUCUCCCGACACCUGGUUGAAGAAAGUAGUUCUUCCACUACUACUGGCUCCUCUUCAGACAAUGAGAAUGCAUCCUUCCCCAGGAAAAGCCACUUUGGCUCCACACCAGAACUGCACUUGUGUGUGUUUGAUGCACCGAGUUAUCAGGAACCUCCAAGUUAUGCAUCAGAAGAGAAACAUUCCAAGAUCUUGGUGCCUCCAGUAAAACCCACGAGACGGAAGUAUGCUUUAGUGAAAAGUGAGCUGGAUGAUAAGUCACCUACAGAAAGCAAAGUACUAAUGGCAGGUGUCUUUGCUCAGAAAGCAGAGGCAGUCAGCUCAGAACUCAAAGAUGAAAGAGCAGAUCAGUCUCAAGAGAGUGAUGCAGAGCAGCCUUCGUUGGCAAAGGCAGCCACCUUAGAUACAUUGGAUUUGGCACUGCCAAAAGAAAAACCAGGCACAUUAUUACCUGACAAAGACAGAAUCGUAAAGGCUGGAGAUGCAAUGGAGAAACCACCUUUGUGUGUCCCCAGAGAGAGUGUCAUUAAAAGCACAUUCUACAGCCAAGCAUCUGAGGCUCCUACACAUCUACCUGCCUCACCAGGCAGAGACUACAGAAGUCACCUUGACAGAACAAGAAGGGCCUUCAGGAAAUCAGGGUAUUUAAAGAUACCCUUGAGUGGUCUACGGGAACCCCUUCUAGAACAGUUUGAAUUGAAAGAAGAGGAGGAGGAGGAAGAAGAAGAAGGUGAUGAAGUAUAUGGAAAAAGCAGAGAAGGUGUGACAGGCCCUCUGAUGAAAUCGGCUUCCUUUGAUGCUGCUAGGAAACCGUCACGUCACACCUUCCAGGUGUCCAGCAGAAGCCGUUCAUUGGAUGAUUACAGGCUAAGAGCCAUAAGUUUAGCCAAGGAGCAAGACAUUCUGGAAGAAGACUGUGAUCUAACUUCACAGGGGAGUUAUGCAGGACUAGUUCACCAGCAUGGAAUAUCUACUGACUCUGGCAAGGUUUGGCCUGAGGAGCAUUCGAUGGAGGAGGACUCAAGGAAAGAUUGUUCAGAAGAACAGCCAGUCCCUUCUGCACAGUGUGGUGAUGAAGGAUGCCAGGGUCUAGCUGCUCAACCACAGAAGAUCCCAGUGUCAGCCCACCAAGGUGAAAGUGAGGGGGAUUUACAUCAAAAGACAAAACUUUCUAUUGACAUUGAUGUGGAGCCAUCUGGUCUGGAAGGUGAAAGCCUGAUUCUAACUGCUCAGCACCCGGACACAGCCCCAGUGUUGUCUCACACAUGUGAAAGUAAGGAGCAUUUAAAGCUGACGCCGAAGCCUAGUGGUGCAGAGUUUACACUUCUACAGGGUGAAAGCUCCGUUUUGAUUGUUCCCGAAUCAGAGAGAGCCCCAAUAUCAGCCCAAGAGAGUGAAAGAAGAGAACAUGCACAUCAGCAGCCAAAACCUUCUGUUCACAGUGCUACAGAAUCUGCUGAUCUACAGGGUGAAAGUCCAAUUAUCCUAGAGACUGCCCAAAUUCCAGCUUGUAAAGGUGAAAGCCCAAGUAUUUUAACAGCUCCACAACCAGAAACUGCUCCACUUUCAGUCUGCCAGGGUGAAACCCAGGGAUGCUUACAUCAGAAGCUUUCUGAUUACUUGGGCACAGCCUCCACUGUUCUGGAGGGCAAACAUCCAAUGAGUCUAACACCACCACCAGAAAGUGCCCCAGUUUCAGACUGUGACCGUGAAAGGCAGGAACAUUCCUGUCAGGUGCCUUCUGUUUACAUUAAGGUGGAGUCUGCUGUUCUCCAGGGCGAAAGCCUAUUUAUUUUCACAAUUCCACAACGAGAAACUGCCUCGCUUCCAGUCUAUGAGAGUGACAGCCAGGAACAGUCACCUCAGGAGCCUUCAGUUUGCAGUGAGGUGAAAUCUGCGGACUCAGAGGGUGAAAGCCUAGCUAUUCUAGAGACUUCCUCUGUUUCAGUUGGUGAGGGUGAAUGCCAGAAACAUUCACAUAAGAAGCCUUCUGUUUACAGCAAGGCAGAAUCUGCUGUCCUGGAGGAUUUGGUUGAAGAGAUGGUUUGUCUGUCUGAAGAUAUGAAUGUUUUGGCAAAGUCCGUUUCUACUCAAGAGGGGUGUGAAAAGCACUUCUCCCCUCCAAAGGAGAUGUUCUAUCAAGGUCUAGCUGACCACGUAGCCACCAGAUAUCCCACUCAUUUGGUGUCACAGAGUAAAAGAGAUGAGGGCAUUUACCGGGCUGAUCUUGCAGAAUCAGCUGCACAAAUUCCGGCAGCAGAAGAUAAGUUGAGUAUGUCAACCCUGUUGAGUGUAGUCACUGAGGAGGAAAAGGUGGCUUCUCCUGAAUGUGAACAUCUGGAGGAUUUAGCAAUCAAAAGCACUAGUUCCAGCAAAGCAAGCACAUCCCCGUCUGAUAAUUCAGGUUCUGGAAAAAGAUCUAGUCAUAGCUCUGAUAGCAAGGAACCUGACAAACACUCUGAAGUUUCCUUAGUGAAGAUUAAAGACCUCUCAGAAGAGAUGCCUAGCAUUAGCAGUGGGACUUCAAAAUUUGAUAUAUCUGAGGUAGAGCCUGCGUAUUUGAACCUGUCAGAUCUCUACGACAUUGUGUAUUUUCCAUUUGAAUUUAUGAACAUCAAGAAGCCGCCACCCAAACCAACCGGUAAAAGAUUUAUGCCCUUCGGUGAAAAGGUAAAAUUACCUCCUGCAACUAAAGAACAUUUGCAUCAGUAUAAAAGACUGUGCAGUAGAGAGGACAUUAAAUCCCCUGCAGAUAACUCACAAGAUGCCACGACAGGGGAAACCAGACAAAACCUAUUGAACAUUUCCGAAGAUGUAAGGCAACCCCUUCAAAGGCUGGCGAAAGGUUCCGAGCCACCAAUAGGGAAAGGAGCUGAGGGCCAUGUGACAACUGAAUCCCAGCCAAUGUAUGGCUUCCAAAAAGACUCAGGUGGUAAGCAGAGAAGUUCCACACACAGCAGAUCAGGACUCUUUAAACCCUAUGGCAGAUCGCAUUCAAUGGAGCAGUCAGUAGAGCAGACUCUGAAGAAGAAAGUAAAAGCUUCUGUUGCCCAUAUUUCAAGAAUCCUAAAAGGAAAGCCAGCCCCUGAACCGGAGCAAAGGGAAGCACCUUCUUUUGUAGACGAGCUCACGGAUCAGGAUGUUGCCCUGGGGCAGUCUGUGACUCUGUCCUGCCAAACGUCUGCCAAUUUCCCUCUGCACAUUGACUGGUUCAGAGAUGGGGUGCCCAUUCGCAGCAGCAGUAGGAUACUGAUCUCAGCCACACUCAAAAACUUUCAGCUUUUAACCAUAUUGGUGGUUACGGCCGAGGAUUUUGGUAUUUACACAUGUGCAGCCAGCAGCUCCCUGGGUACAGCAUCCACCUCUUGUGUCAUAAGGAAGGCAGAAGUUCUUGCUAGCCCCCCAGCCCCUGAUAUUGUGGAGGUGUAUGAGGAUGGAGUGCAAAUGGUCUGGAAACCUGUGGAAUCUAACACCGUGGUUAUGUAUACUGUACAGUGCAAGAGCAAAGACGGGGAAUGGAAGACCCUUGUUACUGACAUGGCUGAUUGUUGCUACUAUGCCAGCAAUCUCUCCAGGGGCUUGGUUUACUCCUUCCGGACAGCCUGCAUCAGUAAAGCAGGAAUGGGACCGUACAGCAGCCCAUCUGUGAAAGUAAAGAUUGGUGAAAAAGAUCAAACAGCAUUUCAAUCUGCAAAGAAGACGUUCCCAGCUGCUACAGAGGGUGAGAGUGAAAGAAUGGCACUAGCAGAGCCUUUUCCAACCCAGCAUACCUACGCCUUCCAAACAGAGAUCAAAAGGGGACGUUUCAGCAUCGUCAGACAGUGCAGGGAAAAAUUAAGCGGAAAGGCGCAGGCUGCCAAAAUUAUCCCCUACCGGCAAGAAGACAAGCAGGCUGUGCUCCAGGAAUAUCAAAUCCUGAGGAAGCUUCAUCACACAAAUAUCGUUCAGCUGCAAGGAGCCUACGUGAGCCCACGGCACCUAGUGCUGAUCCUGGAAUUGUGCGUAGGGCCAGAGCUACUCCACUGUUUGGCUGAAAGGACAUCCUAUUCAGAGGUGGAGGUCAGAGACUAUCUAUGGCAGAUCCUCAGUGCAGUUGAGUUCCUCCACGCACACCACAUCCUGCACUUGGAUCUGAGGUCUGAAAACAUGAUCGUUACUGAACCCAACCUGCUUAAACUCCUGGACUUUGGGAAUGCACAGUUCUACACGCCAGACAGAGUCAUUACCAUGGAGAGGUGCAUUGACUACGUAGAAACCAUGGCUCCAGAACUGCUGUCAGAGCAAGGAGCCCUCCCGCAGACUGACAUCUGGGCUGUCGGCAUCACCGCUUUCAUCAUGCUGAGUGCCGACUACCCCCUCAGUUCUGAGGUGGCCUGUGACUUUCCGAGAAUCGCCAAGAAAGGGAAGGUGAAACUUGCCAGAUGCUACGCGGGUCUGUCUGGGAGGGCCGUGGCAUUUCUUCAGAGCACACUGAGCACAAAUCCCUGGGGGAGGCCAUCGGUAUUGGAAUGCCUUCAGUUUCCGUGGCUCCAGGAGACAGGUUUGGAUGACAGACAGCAAGUGUUGGUCACUUUCUCCACCACCAAGCUGAGGAGUUUCCUAGCAGAACGGGAGAAGAAAAGGAGCCUGCUAUGUUCAAAGUAUGGGCUGAUGGUUGCACAGUGAAAUAGAUGAGAACACAGUGAAGAAUAGAUUCCCCCAUUCCACCCUGCAUGCCCCGACAAAUGUUUGCACUGGGAGGUUGUUACCUAAGUGUCGUUUCUGGUUACAGACCUGCUGCAGUAAACCAGUGAUCCUGACGCGUUAGAGGGAGAUUUGGGUGAGCAGGUGCCAUUAGACAUGAGUGAAUGGGAAUUGGAUUGCUAGGUGGCAUUGAAAAUCCUUCCCUUAGAGUUCCAAGACAGCUCAUAAUACCGCUCAGUGACCUCCCUACAAGCUCCAGCAGCAGCACAGAGAUACCAGACCCCCAGCCACUUCAUGAGCCUUUCAGACGUUACUCCCUGCAAUAACAGCAGCCUCAGCUUCUCAUCCCCGGUGCUCACAUGAUACACAGGUCUUCCAGCCUGUCUCUCAAAACCAUAUGGACCCAGUAAAAGAUUUCCCUUGGAAUAUAGCACUGAGCUGGGGCUGGGGCAUAGGAGGCUGUUGAAUGAUAGUGCCCCAGGAUGGAAUCAGAGUAUAUACAUCUUCACUGUUAAAAAAAGAUCCAUUGUGUGACUAUCAGAUGAAAUGUAGUGUGUGUGUGUGUGUAUCUUCUAGGCAGAGUUGUAGGUAACUGGAGCUAUAAAUAACACUUGUCCAAUAGGGCAUCUGAUGUGUCUGUCCCAUAGUAGCUGGGGCUAGAGUUGACCGACACAAUCAGCAUGCACCAGUGACUGGACCCAGUGUGUAACGUACCAUGGCCGUGUUCACCUACGGCCACCACAGUCAUACGUGGGGACCGAACCCAAGACAAAACGCAGGCCUCUGCCACUCACACUGAAAGAGAAAUCUUCCCUCUGGAAGUAGCAGGCUGCUAAGCCAGCCACUAGAGGGAGGCACAAUCACACUCAGUACAGGAGCGUUAUAUGCACAGUCUGCACAUUACUGCAGACGAGACUAUAACGGGGACGCUCAUGGUGCAUAGACAGUAACUGUCCCAGGUAAGCAGGCCAGAAGGAGCCAUGCUACGUAUGUGUCCAAUGGAAGUCAGUCUUGCAUAUACCUUGUACGACAGGAGAUACAAGAACAGCCAUUUGUGGCCAUCUUCCUGCUCAUGCAAGAGAAAAGGCACUGAUAGAGUCUUGCGUUUUCAGUGGAAGACCAAUUAGCCCUUCGUGUGAUACUCCUAUGGAUGGCCCAGAUCGUGCCGUCCCAGACACAAGCCAGUUUUUCUGCUGUGCACUAAGAGUGUGGCAGAAUGUGUAGCAUGUAUCACUGAGGAGUCUACACGUGCCCCUGUGCAUUGUGAUACAUGCAGCAUUGACUAAAAUCCUCAAAGGAUUGAUACUUACCAUGGUGAUAGCAAAGUAUCAAAGUCUCCAGUCUUUAUGGUCAGAGGGCAAAUAUAUCAGACACCUUGUAACUUAAAGCAACCUUAACUUGCUCUAUCUGAAUCUGCAGUCUUAAAAUGUAAAACACGCUGUUAGGAAUUAUAUGCUGAUUUUGCAGUACGCGGCCUUGAUAUAUUGAUAUGGACUUCUGUAGGGUAGGUGGCCCCUGCGGGGAGAGAUUCGGCAGUUAGGAUUUUAGAGUGAGGCAUUCUCUCACAGGAAGGACUCAAAUGAGCACGCUCCAAAAGAAAACUUUUGUCCACACCUGGGAGAGACUGUUCUGAAGCUGCAAAGGGCCAUACUUUGGUCCUUGAGUGAGUGAUUCAUUGCAGUGAACUCACUGCUCUGCCUGGCUUGCUGUCGAAAGUGACCUGUGCAUGCUACCUUUGUUGGCAGCACUGUUCUGUGUCUGUGGGUACAGAGGAAAUGCCCACUCAUUGGGUGACUUUCGCAGGAACAACUCUGCUCCUGGACAGACACCAGUUCCACAGAUGCUCGGGGGAGAUGUAAUAAACCCAGGAAUCUGCAGUGAUGACAUUACGGUAAUUUUUCCUUAAUGCAUACCAUAGCCUUUUUAAUGAGCCACACGCAACACACGCCUUUUCACUGAAGCAAUCAAAGUAGCACAAUGUUUUCUAUUAUGAUUCUUUUACACAGCAAAGAUCACUUAUGCUAGACAGUUUGUUAGCAGUGCUUGCCUGCUGCUGGCUAUUCCAGGUAUGUCCGGGUGUAAUGCACCUGCCAUGCCACUGAAUGUACAAGACACAUCCAGGCAGAAUGUGCCUGUUAUGCUGUGGAGAAUUCUGGGAAUAUCUAGAGGAGCACAGCUGCUGAAUGUGCUUGGUAUAUCUAGGUAGAACACACCUGCUGAGCUGCCUAAUGUGCUAGAUGUAGCUAGGUAGAACACAACUGCUGUGCUUCUGAAUGUAUCAGAUGUGUCUAGUUAAAAUGUGCCUGUUAUGCUGCUGAAUGUGCUGGGUGUCUCUAGGUAGACCACACCUAUUAUGCUGCUGAAUGUAUUGAGUAUAUCUAGGUGGAACACCCUUCCAUGCUGAUGAAUGUUCUAGGUGUAUUAGGUGGAACACCCCCGUGCUGCUGAAUGUUCUAGGUGCAUCUAAGUGGAACACACCACUGUACUGCUGAGUCCAUGCCAACUCUUCCAUUAUGAAAGAUGUUAAUAGAAAAUCAUCAGCUCAGCAGGUGCACUGUAAUUAACCCCUACUUUAACUUAGACUCCUGUAGUUACUAGCUCUACAGCAGUCAAAGGCACAUGAAGCAACAAAGACCUUGACCUCGUUAAGCACAGAAUUUGUCUAAAGGCGUUCUGCCACUUGGGCGCCUGUGCUGUUGAAUUUUAGAUAUUUUGAUAUAUUGGGGAGAUUUGGGAACAGAGUUACUGGAAAAUGUAUUUCAGUUUGAUUUCUAAAUAGAGGCCGCAACAUCCUGGAGCUUAGUGUCUUCCAUUGUGUCUAAAAACGGUUGUGGUUUAUUUUCAUUUACAUUUGAUGGACUUAGCAUUGUAUUUCUUUUUUGAAUAUAAACUCUGCAUUUAUGUGAAAUGACUCGUGUAUCUAUUGGUUCUGGUGUGGUCAGUUUAUUGCACUAAAUACCAUUGUGUGACUUUCAUUACAAAUGAUGUUUUGCUCAUAGUUCUGUAUCCAGAGGCAUUAAUGGAGAUGGGAGAGGAAAUCAGUUCCUAAUGUGCUACCGUUUCAUAAGAUUGUGAAAGAGUGAUAGAGGUGACAGCCUUUCCAGUCAUGUUUAAUGCACGUUGGUAAGAUCCUAAAAUGCAUAGCACUAAGGUUCCUUAUGAUGCCAGUACAGCAAGAAGCACAGGAAAUGUGACUGAAACUAGAGGUCAUUUAAUUAGGCUGGGGAGAGCAGACACAGAUUCAACAGACUAUGAAGUUUUGAAUUUCAAAGUUACAUUGUCGCCAUAGUCAAGUGUAGGAGAGAGUGUUUAGGUCUUAGGGCCCAAUUCUGAGCUGAGUUCCAUUGACACUAGAGGAGUUACUUUGGAUUGAUACUGGUGUUAUUUAGAUCAGAAUCUGGCCCACAGGUUUUCAGGAUGCUGUCUUCCCUCCAACUUAAUAUCACAGCAAUCAGAUGUGCUUUAGAUUGGCACAGUCUAGUGCUUUGGUUUGAUUUUUAAGGUGGAGAGGGGUCAAUUUGUGAAGAGAAAACCCAUUUAAGAGUUUGAUUUUUAAUGUGAGUUAACAAAUAUCAAGACCUGGGCUCAUAUCCCCUUUCUCAUGCAAUUCAAAUUAACUGAGUUUGCUUCUCUAAUUUGCAUGCGUUUUGAACAUGUCAGAAGUCUUUUGUGCACUCGAUACUGUUUUGUUAAAUAAACUAUUUUGACAAAGAAGUUAGA